GUGAGACGCCAGUGUCACCUUUAGCCCAACCAGUGCCCUGAGGGUGGCAUUUUCCUACCUUCCUGUAACGACCCCCGGGAUUGCCCAGGGCUACAGCCUCUCUCCCGUGAGCCUCCAGACCGCGCCCUGGCCCCGCCCCCCACCCCGAUUGGCCCGGCCGGGUCUGGGGGCGGGGCGUUUGCCCGGCCUUUCCAGGGCCGGGGAACCCCAGGAGGAAGCUGCUGAGCCAUGGGCGCCUACGCGCGGGCUUCGGGGGUCUGCGCUCGCGGCUGCCUGGACUCAGCAGGCCCCUGGACCAUGUCCCGCGCCCUGCGGCCACCGCUCCCGCCUCUCUGCUUUUUCCUUUUGUUGCUGGCGGCUCCCGGUGCUCGGGCCGGGGGAUACGAGACAUGCCCCACAGUGCAGCCGAACAUGCUGAACGUGCACCUGCUGCCUCACACACAUGAUGACGUGGGCUGGCUCAAAACCGUGGACCAGUACUUUUAUGGAAUCAACAAUGACAUCCAGCACGCCGGUGUGCAGUACAUCCUGGACUCGGUCAUCUCUGCCUUGCUGGCAGAUCCCACCCGUCGCUUCAUUUACGUGGAGAUUGCCUUCUUCUCCCGUUGGUGGCACCAGCAGACAAAUGCCACACAGGAAGUCGUGCGAGACCUUGUGCGCCAGGGGCGCCUGGAGUUCGCCAAUGGUGGCUGGGUGAUGAACGACGAGGCAGCCACCCACUACGGUGCCAUCGUGGACCAGAUGACACUUGGGCUGCGCUUUCUGGAGGACACAUUUGGCAAUGAUGGGCGACCCCGUGUGGCCUGGCACAUUGACCCCUUCGGCCACUCUCGGGAGCAGGCCUCGCUGUUUGCGCAGAUGGGCUUCGACGGCUUCUUCUUUGGGCGCCUUGAUUAUCAAGAUAAGUGGGUACGGAUGCAGAAGCUGGAGAUGGAGCAGGUGUGGCGGGCCAGCACCAGCCUGAAGCCCCCGACCGCGGACCUCUUCACUGGUGUGCUUCCCAAUGGUUACAACCCGCCAAGGAAUCUGUGCUGGGAUGUGCUGUGUGUCGAUCAGCCGGUGGUGGAGGACCCCCGCAGCCCCGAGUACAACGCCAAGGAGCUGGUCGAUUACUUCCUAAAUGUGGCCACUGCCCAGGGCCGGUAUUACCGCACCAACCACAUUGUGAUGACCAUGGGCUCGGACUUCCAAUAUGAGAAUGCCAACAUGUGGUUCAAGAACCUUGACAAGCUCAUCCGGCUGGUAAAUGCGCAGCAGGCAAAAGGAAGCAGUGUCCAUGUUCUCUACUCCACCCCCGCUUGUUACCUCUGGGAGCUGAACAAGGCCAACCUCACCUGGUCAGUGAAACGUGACGACUUCUUCCCUUACGCGGAUGGCCCCCACCAGUUCUGGACCGGUUACUUUUCCAGUCGGCCGGCCCUCAAACGCUACGAGCGCCUCAGCUACAACUUCCUGCAGGUGUGCAACCAGCUGGAGGCGCUGGUGGGCCUGGCGGCCAACGUGGGACCCUAUGGCUCCGGAGACAGUGCACCCCUCAAUGAGGCGAUGGCUGUGCUCCAGCAUCACGACGCCGUCAGCGGCACCUCCCGCCAGCACGUGGCCAACGACUACGCGCGCCAGCUUGCGGCAGGCUGGGGCCCUUGCGAGGUUCUUCUGAGCAACGCGCUGGCGCGGCUCAGAGGCUUCAAAGAUCACUUCACCUUUUGCCGACAGCUAAACAUCAGCAUCUGCCCGCUCAGCCAGACGGCGGCGCGCUUCCAGGUCAUCGUUUAUAAUCCCCUGGGGCGGAAGGUGAAUUGGAUGGUACGGCUGCCGGUCAGCGAAGGCGUUUUCGUUGUGAAGGACCCCAAUGGCAGGACAGUGCCCAGCGAUGUGGUGAUAUUUCCCAGCUCAGACAGCCAGGCGCACCCUCCGGAGCUGCUGUUCUCAGCCUCACUGCCCGCCCUGGGCUUCAGCACCUAUUCGGUAGCCCAGGUGCCUCGCUGGAAGCCCCAGGCCCGCGCACCACAGCCCAUCCCCAGAAGAUCCUGGUCCCCUGCUUUAACCAUCGAAAAUGAGCACAUCCGGGCAACGUUUGAUCCUGACACAGGGCUGUUGAUGGAGAUUAUGAACAUGAAUCAGCAACUCCUGCUGCCUGUUCGCCAGACCUUCUUCUGGUACAACGCCAGUAUAGGUGACAACGAAAGUGACCAGGCCUCAGGUGCCUACAUCUUCAGACCCAACCAACAGAAACCGCUGCCUGUGAGCCGCUGGGCUCAGAUCCACCUGGUGAAGACACCCUUGGUGCAGGAGGUGCACCAGAACUUCUCAGCUUGGUGUUCCCAGGUGGUUCGCCUGUACCCAGGACAGCGGCACCUGGAGCUAGAGUGGUCGGUGGGGCCGAUACCUGUGGGCGACACCUGGGGGAAGGAGGUCAUCAGCCGUUUUGACACACCGCUGGAGACAAAGGGACGCUUCUACACAGACAGCAAUGGCCGGGAGAUCCUGGAGAGGAGGCGGGAUUAUCGACCCACCUGGAAACUGAACCAGACGGAGCCCGUGGCAGGAAACUACUAUCCAGUCAACACCCGGAUUUACAUCACGGAUGGAAACAUGCAGCUAACUGUGCUGACUGACCGCUCCCAGGGGGGCAGCAGCCUGAGAGAUGGCUCGCUGGAGCUCAUGGUGCACCGAAGGCUGCUGAAGGACGAUGGACGCGGAGUAUCGGAGCCACUAAUGGAGAACGGGUCGGGGGCGUGGGUGCGAGGGCGCCACCUGGUGCUGCUGGACACAGCCCAGGCUGCAGCCGCCGGACACCGGCUCCUGGCGGAGCAGGAGGUCCUGGCCCCUCAGGUGGUGCUGGCCCCGGGUGGCGGCGCCGCCUACAAUCUCGGGGCUCCUCCGCGCACGCAGUUCUCAGGGCUGCGCAGGGACCUGCCGCCCUCGGUGCACCUGCUCACGCUGGCCAUCUGGGGCCCCGAAAUGGUGCUGCUGCGCUUGGAGCACCAGUUUGCCGUAGGAGAGGAUUCCGGACGUAACCUGAGCGCCCCCGUUACCUUGAACUUGAGGGACCUGUUCUCCACCUUCACCAUCACCCGCCUGCAGGAGACCACGCUGGUGGCCAACCAGCUCCGCGAGGCAGCCUCCAGGCUCAAGUGGACAACAAACACAGGCCCCACACCCCACCAAACUCCGUACCAGCUGGACCCGGCCAACAUCACGCUGGAACCCAUGGAAAUCCGCACCUUCCUGGCCUCAGUUCAAUGGAAGGAGGUGGAUGGUUAGGUCUGCUGGGAUGGGCCCUCCAAGCCCAAGCCUCCGCUCCGGGGGCAGACCAGACUCUGACUCUCCUCUUGGGGCUGCUGCCAUUAAAAUGCUACUACUAAGACUCA